AAAUAAAAAAAAUAAUUUAUUAAUUUAAUUCCAAAAUUUAGUUUUAUGUAUUUUUAUUGAAAUGUUAAAAAAAUUAGUUUUAAGUCCUAAAUGUAAUUUUGUAUUUAGAGUUCUCCAAAUUGCUGUCAUAGGAGUAAUUAUGAUUUUGGAAAUCGUGCAAUUUAUAUACUAUAAUGCAUUCUUUGUGAAUCGAUUAAGAUGGUCAUCAUCUCAUUAUUUUAGCACUGAAUUAAAAGAUGUUUAUGGUUUAAAAAGUUAUUACACAUUUGUUAUACUUUUUACUUGGAUUGAUACCGCUCUAUAUAUCGGAUUAUUUCAUAAAUUUCGCGCAAAAUCGGAUAGUAACAUAUUAAAUAUUAUUAGCGAUAUUUUCUUUACUGCUAUGUGGCUAUCAGUUGGUUUAACAAAUAUUAUUCCAUAUUACAAAUCCACUGAUGGUUUGAGUUGUCCAAAUUAUAAAUUUUAUUCAACAGAAGGGUAUUCAGAAUUCGGAAGUUUAUGUCAAGCAUAUUUUGGUAGUAUGAUUUCAAGUUGGAUAAUGUUCUUUUUAUUUAGUAUUUCUACUUUGUUUUCAUGUAGAGCAUAUUAUGUAACUUCCAAAGAAUUAGAUGUCUAAAAGGAUCGCAUAUUUCCUUUAAAAAAAAAAAUGCUUAAUUGAUAUUUAUUAACAAUC